AUGGAGGCGCUGAGUUUGCUCAGUGGUGGUGGUAGUGCCAGUUAUGCCAAGUACUUUGACAUUAGACUCGAUGACAGAUACGUGGUAUUCCGCGGAAACGAGCAUGAAGCUGCAAGCGCUCAUUUGCAAGGCACUUUGGUGCUUUGCUUAUCAGAAGCGCUCACCAUCAAGCAUUUGAAGCUUCAUUUGACUGGCAUGUCUCGUGUCUCCUGGCAUCUGCCCACCAGCGGCGGGGCUAGUCGCAGGCCGAUGAAGGAGAAGGUGUUUUUCGAGAAAACUUGGACAUUCCGUGACCCCGGCAAAGGCAAAACGGAGGUUUUGCGUGCGGACAAUUACGAGUUUCCCUUCGAUGUCAUCCUCGACGGAUCGCUGCCAGAGAGCGUCGAAGGUCUGCAUGACAGUUGGGUUACCUAUCGCUUCAAGGCGGAGAUCGGUCGUAAAUAUGCGAGAGAUAUUGUUAUCCGAAAACCUCUGAGAAUCAUUCGCACCUUGGAUCCCAGCGCGCUGGAGCUGGCACAUGCGAUGUCAGUGGAGAAUAUCUGGCCCAACAAGAUCGAGUACUCCAUCAGCACCCCGACAAAGGCCGUGAUCUUCGGGACUUCUGUGCGAGUCGAUUUUCGUCUCAUUCCUCUUUUGAAGGGACUGAAGAUCGGGUUGAUCACCUCUCAGCUAAUUGAGAGUCACGACCUCUCUCUGAACCCAGGCGAGCCCGAGACAGCCUACAACACGUACAAGACGACGAGGGUCAUCGUAACAGAUGAUUAUGAGCUGGAUGAAGAGAAACAGCUGGAGAUCAUUGAUGAAUCGGCCGAGGGCUACCAGUUCCAUCGUUAUCUCGAGCUUCCCAAGACUCUGACCAGGUGUCUCCAGGACACUGACGCGAAGGGAAUCAAGGUCAGACACAAGCUCAAAUUCAGAGUCCAACUCCACAAUCCGGACGGACAUACUAGUGAGCUGCGAGCGACUCUACCAGUCUCCAUCUUCAUCUCUCCGAACCUUACUAUCGAUGACAAUAAUAAUCUUGUUGACCAAACUCCUGCGGAUGCGCAGAGGGCGCUGCUUGACCUUACGGAGCAGGCGCCGCCGUUGUAUGGGGAACAUCAGUUUGAUCAGUUGUACAGUGAGGUUGACGUGAGCGGAUAUCGCACCCCUGGACCUGUUAGUGGGCCUGCGGCGCCCUUCGGAACUCUCAGCCGCAAUCUCUCCGCUGAAGACCUUCCUUCGAUGGCCACUGUGUCUAACGGUGAUAUUUCCGCGUCGGCGUUGCAUAGCCGCCUCUCGCGCCUUCAUGCUAACGGCGUCAACCAGAGCCGGUCUCCUGACGCAGCUGACAGCCACGACUCCGAGCCCGGACGUCGGACUUCGGGCCAUGGGUCGGAUUAUUUCUCAUACAAUCGUAGUUCUGGCUCACAUUCUCAGAGUCCGGAAGGCUCCAGCACUACUGUGUCCCGCAGACCGUCGGUGGACCAUGAUUAUGAAACCCUUCCCUCUGGGAUGGCGACGCCAUAUCACGUCCCCCAGUACCUCGAAGUCGAAAGCCUCAGUCGUGUUCCCAGUUACAGCACCGCGCUACGUUCCAAUCCUAGAACCCCAUACAACAGCGACCUACCUGAUUAUGAGUCAGCUACUGCGGGUGAUAAUGUCGUGAACCCACCCCGCUCACCCCAGCAAGCUCAUGUGAGGUCCAGUGGAUGGUCCCAUUUUUCUGCCUUGACCGAAUCGUAUCAUCGUCCUUCUUUCUUCCACAGUCACAGCCGUGGUAACAGUCGGGACCAGAGCCGCGAUCGCAACCACAAUAACAACGCCCACGACGAUGAAGAACGCAGAUUGCGCCUGCUGCAGGCUCGUGGUCGCGGCUGA